AUGUUCUUCCCAUUUCGGCAGUGUUUGGAAUGUGUUCAAGGGCCAAGCUUUACCGCCACGCCAUCAUACGCACAGCUACGUGAUGAUGCACGAAGUAUAAAGUUGAGCACAAGUCAUAUGGGUAAGGUUUUGUUUUAAUAUUGGUAUUUUUAGACGUAUUUUACAAAAAAUGACAUAAAAUAAGACCUUAAACCCAAAAAAAUUAAUUUAGGUAACAAGAUACAUAUUUUAAGUAACAAAAAUUUAAAAACUGUUGGUAUAAUCAUAUCAUUUAGGCCCAGAUGUUGUUCUUUUAAAAAAUUGUACUAGAAUAUGUGGUACUGGUGGUGCUUUGGCGACAGCACCAAUUGUACAAAACAAAGCCUACUUUCAAGUCGAUAUUACACAAGCGGGUAGGGUAAAAUCAUAAUUUUGCAAUAUUUUUUUAUUUUAGGAACUUGGGGUAUUGGUCUAGGCCACAGAUCAAUAGAACUUGGCCUGCUACCUAUUGACGAAUUUGCUUGGACGUUAAGAAGUUCAGGAGAAUUGUGGGGGAAUGGCUCAUUGAUUGGCAAAACUGACACGCCUUUGAAUGAAGGGGAUACUAUUGUAAGUUAUUUUGCCUUGCCUUGCUUAGUUCAUGUCUUUAUGCCCUAACUUGCUCUAUUUCUUCCAUUUUUUAUUUUUACCAUGCCCUACUCUACUCAUUCUACAAAUACUAUGAAUUACGCUGCCUGACGUACAUUACUGUACCUUAUCUAUCUCUAUUAUACCUUGAUUUAUACUGUUUAACUCUAUCCUACUUUACCCUGUCCUACAUUGCUUUACCUACCCUCACUAUUAUGCCAAAACAUUUACCAUGCCUAAAAUGUUUGAAUGCUUAAAUGUUACAUUCCAGACGGUAACCUUUGACCACGCGGAACUAAAGUUUUAUCGGAACAAUGAGCCAAUCCCAAUUGCCAUAACUUCAGUCCGUGGCCAAGUGUUUCCUCUAGUCUAUGUGGCAGAGAAUGCCAUUUUGGAUGUGAAGUUUCGAAAUACAACUUGUCAAGUGCCAGCCGGUUUCGAAGAGAUUAUGCUUGAACAGACCUUGCUUUGA